UUCAGCGUACAAUAGGCAAUGCAAGAGCGGCGCAUGCUCGGAUCAACCCAGCCAGAGAUUAGACGGACGCAUGCUCCUAGUGACGCUAGCAUUGUGCGCAGGCGCAGAUAGACACUUGUGUUCUUGGCGGACAACUGAACGUGCGCGGAAGAGUUUCGCAUUUAGCUUUAGUUCUGGUAACGCGAGAGUUGGUCUGCGCAUGCACGGUCCUGAACGAUGAAGUUAUGUUUAAGAUGGACCAUGACGCCCCUACUAUCAGACCUCGGAGAAUUCAGAACCAAAAUGUAAUCCAUCGCCUCGAACGUCGGAAAAUCAGUUCCGGAAAGCCUGGUUCGCACUGGCACCAAGUUCGCAUUUUCCAUCAGAAUGUCUUUCCUAACUACACUGUAGUCAAUGUGGAAAAGCCUCCUUGUUUUCUGCGCAAGUUCUCCCCUGAUGGUAGAUACUUUAUUGCCUUUUCCUCAGAUCAAACCUCCUUAGAAAUUUAUGAGUAUCAAGGCUGCCAGGCAGCUGAAGAUCUUUUAAAUGGAUAUGAGGGAGAAAUUUUGGCAAAUUCUAAUGAUCAGCGGUCAGUGAACAUUCGAGGGCGGCUGUUUGAGCGAUUUUUCGUUCUCCUCCAUAUCACUAAUGUGGCUUCUAAUGGGGAGCACUUGAACAGAGAAUGCAGCUUAUUUACUGAUGACUGCCGUUAUGUCAUUGUGGGAUCAGCAGCCUAUCUUCCUGAGGAACCGUAUCCACCUUUUUAUGAAAUUUAUCGUAAUAGUGAAUCUGUCACUCCCAACCCAAGAUCUCCCCUUGAAGACUAUUCCCUUCACAUAAUAGACCUGCACACGGGCAGACUCUGUGACACAAGGACCUUUAAAUGCGAUAAAAUUAUUCUUUCACACAACCAAGGCCUCUACUUGUAUAAAAACAUUCUGGCUAUUCUGUCUGUGCAGCAACAAACCAUUCAUGUUUUUCAGGUGACUGCAGAAGGCACCUUUAUUGAUGUACGGACAAUAGGACGAUUCUGUUAUGAGGACGACCUCUUAAUAUUGUCAGCGGUUUACCCUGAAGUUCAACGGGAAACUCAAACUGGAAUGGCAAACUUAUACAAAGAGCCAUUUAUUAAUUCAUUGAAGCACAGACUUCUGGUUUAUCUAUGGAAGAGAGCAGAGCGUGAUGGAAGUGCAGUGGCCAAAAGGCGAUUUUUCCAGUAUUUUGACCAAUUGAGACAACUUAGAAUGUGGAAAAUGCAACUUCUGGACGAAAGCCACCUAUUUAUUAAGUAUACUAGUGAGGAUGUGGUUACAUUAAGAGUUAACGACCCAUCACAGGUACAGCCAUCCUUCUUUGUGGUAUAUAAUAUGGUCACUACAGAAGUUAUUGCAGUCUUUGAGAACACAUCUAAUGAGCUGCUGGAGCUGUUUGAAAACUUCUGCGACCUGUUCCGGAAUGCUACCCUUCACAGUGAAGCCGUGCAGUUUCCCUGCUCGGCCUCCAGCAACAACUUUGCCAGACAAAUCCAGCGCAGGUUUAAAGAUACUAUUGUGAAUGCCAAGUAUGGAGGCCAUACUGAAGCAGUGAGAAGGCUUUUGAGCCAGCUUCCUAUCAGCGCCCAGUCUUACAGUGGUAGCCCCUACCUUGACCUUUCCCUCUUCAGCUACGAUGACAAGUGGGUUUCUGUUAUGGAGAGACCUAAAACAUGUGGCGAUCAUCCAAUCAGGUUCUAUGCAAGAGAUUCUGGACUUUUAAAGUUUAAAAUCCAAGCUGGCCUUCUCGGACGACCUAUCAACCACACUGUGCGUAGGCUUGUGGCCUUCACGUUUCAUCCAUUUGAACCUUUUGCAAUUUCUGUGCAGAGGACUAAUGCAGAAUAUGUGGUGAACUUUCACAUGAGACACAUCUGUACAUAGAAGGAAUUCAUAGAUGUAACCAGCUGCCUUAAUCUCCUCCAUUUGUUUUUAUACCAAAUCAGAAUGUUCACCUCAAAAUCUCACCAUACAAAUUAUGAAUAAAAUACAGGAUGUCAAAAUCCUAUACACCAAUAUGUUGAAUGUUGGUGACAAAGUUCACCAGAACCUCUUUUUUGCAUUGGGAUCCUCCACAAUAAGGAAAUCUACCUCUUCUACCACUCCAUGAAGUCAUCUUUUGUCUAAUAUGUCAGCAGAAGUGGCUAGAUCACUUUGUUUGACCUUCCAGUGUAUCGCCAAAUAAAAUUAUCUAUUAUUAUAAAUUUAGCCAUUGCGUUACUUAGAGGGGGUUUGCUUAUUUUUCCGUUUUUUGAGCAAUUGCCAAAGAAUUAGAAUAAAUAGAAAUCUGGAAUAUAAAAAGAGGACUCCUUCCUGCUGGGUCCACUCCAUGUUUGGCUCAAAAAUUGCAUUAAACUUUUCCACACAAAACUGUAUGAAAUCCCUCUUAGGGGGGGGCAUCUGAAG